AUGAGUGGCCAGGCGGGAAUGCUCGGACCCGACACGUCUGGACUUCGGCCGAGCUCUCGAGCAUGUCUAUCGGGGGAUCGGUGGGCCGAUGAGGGCGAUGCCCAGCCCUGGCGCAUUUUCAGCUCCACCUUUUUGGCGUUCAUUUUCUUUAGGAGCCGCAAGAAGAACGGCAGAGGUUCCAGCGUCGCACCGACCGACGCCGGGCUUGAGCAAUACGUUCCGAGUAACAUCCAUUGCUGGCUGCUCAGCACAACGCGCCUCGCCACACCCACUGCGACCAACGCUCAAGACUCUACUCCGACAACAACGCACUUGCUGUCGAGCUCUCCAUCCUCGACCCCCACCUCCCGUUUUAUGUAUCUUGACCCGACCCUACCACCUCACAACCAGCACGAAUCGCAUCUCGACCAAGCAGCCUCGCACUCGACACCGACACCAGCACAGCAUGCUUUCGCAUACGAACCAGCAUAUUCCAGCGACCCGCAUGGACCUGCUGGAGACACGGCGUCGCCCGAGCGCGCCCGCGACAAGGGCAAGCAGAGGCAGACGGACACCACUGAUGACGCCGAUGCAUCGACCAUAGUACGCGUCGUCGACCCCGAAGCGGCCCAAGACGCGCUUCUCGAGGCUCGAACAGGUACAGACGCGUAUUGCGCUGCAUCUGUCGCUACCGACGUCUCCGAGCUUGCGCCCGAGCUGCUCAUGCGCAUCUUUGCCUUCCUCGAUCCCAUCUCGCUCUGUCGAUCCGCCGCGGUAUGCCGCGCAUGGGCCCUCGUUGCUCGCGACGACUCCACGUGGAGAGCCGCCUUCGCCACCUAUUUCAGCCUUGAAGCUGCGCAGGCUAAUCGCGCCGCCUCUUUGGAGGCAUCUGCCACGCCAGCGCUCCGACGCCUCACAGACGCCUCUUGGCGGCAUGAGUUCCAGCAGCGCGUCGAUCUCCUGCGCCGGUGGCGCAAGUCGCGCACUCCCACCGUGCUCUCCACCCCACGCAUCGACAUCAUCAAGAAGAUCUCGCUCUCCAAACAGCACCGCCUCCUCAUCUCGGCCACGGACACCUACGGCGUCGCUUCACGCUCCAAUCCUUGGACCGGCAAAGUGACAAAGGGCUACCUCGAUGCUGAAGGCACCGCCAACGGUGCAGGAAACGGUAAUCCCAACGUCGAGUUCAGCCCAAACGUCACCACGCUCAACACGAGCUCCGACGCAUCCCACAUCUACUGGGGCUUCCGCUCGGGCGAGGUCGGCAUGACAACCAUGGCCAGGCAGGGGACCAAUCCACGCGGCGCCAUCAAGAGCAUCCGCUUCACGCCUCGAGCCUGUCAUGCCGGGCCGGUCACCGCCAUCGCAAUCCCGUUUGCCAGCGACAGCGACGGUGCGCACGGUCCAGGCCGUAGCCCCGAACGCCUCCGGCAGGCAAUCGCCUCGCUUGGCGACGUCGCAUCCACCUUCGUCACGGCCGGCUUCGACGGCACAGUGCGCAUGUGGACUUCGAAUCGCUCGUGGCCGCUCUGGAUAGCUUCAUCGGCUACCAAGCCUGCCACGACCGAGGUUGUCGCCACGACGGCUUCGGCCGCUGCGCCCAUCUGUGCGCUCGCCUACGACGCAAAGGCAGGCAUCGUCGCGGCCGGAAACACCGCGGGCAAGCUGUUCGUGUGGACCAACAUCGACGUCGCUGGCUUGCUGCGCAUUCCUUCCGAGGCCUCGGAUCCAGAGCACCUCCGCAACGGCAAUCCCGAACCACAGACGCUCGAGGCCAAUCGACAGUUCUCCCGGCUGUCAGACGCCGUGCGCCGCACCGUAGUCGAUGUGCCGCUCGGACCAAGCAGCGAGGUUGCUGUGAGCUCGAUCUUUAUCGACGCCUCGCCUUUGUCGACCGCCAGGGGGCUGGAGGACGUGUCGGAGGCGCACGAGGGUCAGAUCUUGGUGCAUCAUUCGGGCGCACGGGUGCUGCUCCGCCAUCGCAUCCCGCGCGAUGCGUCGCGGGAUGUCGAGACGACCGUGCUCGGAGCGGCGGUCAUGGACGAAAUCACGGCGAUCCGGCCGGACUUUGAGCCGCGCUUGCCCAAGCGCGACGUUCGCUCCUCCACCGCCCAGAGUCCUGCCACGAGCGUCUAUGCCUCGCCCGUGCUGUCGGCCGCACGUCCCGAAAUGGCGGUGCCGUCACUGACCAGCGUGGCUCCGACGCUCGUGCUGGGACCGAGCCCAUUCGACACGUACGCCGGGUCGGGACAGUACGCCGAACGAAAGUACGUCUGCGUAGGCACCAAGGCCGGCUCGCUCUUCCUGUUUGAUUGGGAGAGCACGGGCGUGCUGAUAGACGAGACGACGCAGGAGGAGUGGCAGGGCCACAGCCCUCCGCGCUUCCGGGGCCAACGGCAGUUGCUGCCGUCUAUUGGAUGGGAAGCUCACCAUACAACCAUUAGCGCGCUCGAGCUUACGCCGCUGCACAUCUUUGUCGGCGCGUGCGAUGGCACGAUCAAGGUGUUCGACUCGCUCGCGGGUGAUCUGAUCCGCGUGAUCAAUGACCGUACAGCCACGCGGCAUCCGGCGCGCAUGCUGGCAGCGGGCGAAAUGACGGCUUCGGAAGCGGCGCGCUUUCGCGUGACGCAGAUCAUUGCGGACAACGACUGUCUGGUGGCGAGUAUCGGGCACCAGGUGUUGGCAUUUCGGGCAGAGCCGGUGCUGAGCAAGCGUGCGGCGGCAGCAGCAAACGCAGCUAAGGGCAAGGGUGGAAGGCCUAGGGUGGGAGAGAGCAAGUAUGCGACGCAGUUGGAGAUGAGGCGCGACGUGCGCGAGUCCAAGGCCGAGCUGCAAGCCGAGCACGAGGAGAGGCAGGCCGAGUAUAGCAAGAUCCGCAACAGGCAGGGAUUCGAGCUGGACGGGUUGAGCGAGCAAGAGGCGCUUGAGUAUGCGUUGAUGCUGUCGCGCGAUCAAGAGGCGGCUACAUUGUCAGGUAAAGCGAAAGUGAUGGGUGGCAGUGGGUAUGUACCCGGGUCGUUUGCUUCGAGCAGUCGAAAGAAGAUCGAGGCUCCGGAAGAGGUGGUGGAUGAUCCGGAGCUGGCCGAUGCGCUCGAGCAGAUUGCACUCGCCGAAUCCAAAGCCGAAGCCGAAGCCGAAGCCGAGCGAAGGUGGGGGAUGUUGGACGACGAGGAUUUUGGUGUGGAUGAUGUCGAUCUCGACGAGAUGCAUUUGCGGCCUUCGCCUUCGCCGUCACCACAUGCAUCGCCGUAUCUGGCCGCAGUGGGGUCGCCACCUUCUCGCGCAUGGACGAUUCUCUCACAAGCCGGGUCGAGCGCCACUACGCCCAACACUGAUCGAUGGGGGAGCAACUCCAAAGUGCGCAUGGUCAACGUUCCGCGCAGUGCGAGGUGGUCCUCACCCACCCCCGCCGAAGCCUCGAUCGUCUCGAGCGUAGGUAGUAGUAUGGGCGCGCUCAGUCCGCCCGAAUGGCCAGCUAUGCCGCCGUCAAAUCCCGCGUCGCUAUCUGCUUCACCACGCUUCGGAGAGAGACACACUGGUGCUGCUAGUCCGGCGUCAAGACCAACGCUGCCAACAAGACCCUCGGCCUGGACGACAAGGUCACCGGCUGUCGCUGCGACACCUCCCCCGACCCAGUCGCUCCUAGCCGCCUCGUUGCAUCCCCAAGAGCAGGCGCGAGAUGCAGAUGCACAGCUGCAACAGGAUAUCGAUCUCGCCAUCCAACUCAGUCUUGCCGAGGCGGAAGCGCAGUAA